CACAUGCUAUGACUAUGUAAUUCCCGUUCGAUUCUGCACUGAUGACUGACCCGGCGACCGGAAAAGGCUUCGUUUCAAGUUAGACGUCAAUUUUUUCCUUUUAUUCAUCGACGGUAAUAUUAUCUUAAGUGGAGUCAUAUUUGUACUAAGAAUACAACGAAUUUAAAACCAAAUUCUGCCCUAUGAUCGAUUUUGUUUCAGUAUUUUCACCGAUUACGGAACACCGGCAUCUCGACACUGGACACACAGUACAGUGCAGCCCGCACGCGCAGGCGUGGAACAGAACUACAGACGAGGUUCGCGUUCGCAGCUCAAGUUCUUACGAAGAAUCAAACUGUGUUGACUAGAAAAUUAUAAUUAUUAGUUGAACUGGUGUGAAGUAACGAUCAAUUUGUUGAUGUAGAGAAGUUGCAGGAUAAAUCCAUAUGUAGAAGAGCCUGUUUUAAAUAGGCUAAAAUGUCGGGGAUUUGCAGGUUGUUGAUUCUGCCAAGCAGAGUUUCUCGGUCAGCUGUCGGUGUCGCACUUCGAGGAGAUAUUGCAUCAGGGUCGAUUUUGACAUCUCAUCAGGAUCAUGUUCUCUCAAACAGAGGGAAUAGCAGACAAUGCUUGCAUUGUUCUAACAGGCAAUCAUCGAGUAGUUCCAAUAAAUGGGCUUCCAGGGAUCACCUAGCACAAAGUUAUCUAUCAUCUAGAGUUCCUAGGACUAUAGCACCAUUCCAUUUAUCGCACAUAAAUAACUCAAGUUUCCGUCCAGACUCUGUUGUACAUGGUCCAACACUCUUAGAACCUCAUCAUGUGUAUGCACAAGUUAUCAGUAUACGAAACUUACACGUGUCCUCUCGAUCGUACGACCUGGCGGACCCAGAGUCAAAGGUCGAGAAGACGGUGAAGGCCUUGAAGGAUAAGAAGAAGGAGAAGGAGAGACAAGUGGAGAAGGUAGAUGUUGAUAUUACAAGGGAAGCCAAGCUGGAUGAUAUGGGGGUGCCGCCUUCGCAACCGGAAGUGAUCAUGGUGCCCAAGAAAUCUAUCAUUAUACGGAUUAAGGACGAGGUGAUGCAUUAUGUCAAUGGCUUCCGGCUGUUUGGGAUCGAACUCAAGAUUGCAACGCGUCACUUGUGGGCACUGCUGAAUGGUGGUAGUUUGACAAGGAGAGAGUACAGACAGUUUACACGUACAGCCUCAGAUCUGUUCCGACUUGUUCCUUUCUCCGUCUUCAUCAUCGUACCGUUCAUGGAGUUCCUUCUUCCUGUGGCCCUGAAGCUCUUCCCGGGCAUGCUGCCCAGCCAAUUUGAAACUGCAUCCAAGAAGGAAAAGCGAUUGACGAAGGAACUGAAGCUGAAGCUCCAGAUGGCCAAGUUCUUGCAGGAUACCAUCGAGGAGACGGCACUCCAGUCAAAGAAGGGAUCCUCUUCACAAGAGAGUGCCCUUCAGUUUAAAACCUUCAUGGAUAAGAUCCUAGAGACAGGAGAACAGGCCAGUAACGAGGAGAUCCUGAAGUACUCCAAACUCUUUGAAGACGAGCUAACCCUGGACAACCUCUCCCACGAACAGCUGAGGGCGCUAAGCAGGUUGCUGCAGUUGAACACCAUCGGGACGAACAACAUUCUCAGAUUUCAACUUAGGAUGCAACUCAGGACAUUGAUGGCGGAUGAUAAAAUGAUCAAGAAGGAAGGUGUAGAAUCCUUGUCACAGAGUGAGCUGCAAUCGGCCUGCCAAGCCAGGGGUAUGAGAGCAAUGGGUGUACCCUUAGAGAGACUCAAAUCACAGCUAUCACAGUGGCUUGAGCUUCACAUUGAUGAACAGAUCCCGACAUCCCUCCUGCUUCUGUCUAGGGCACUCUACCUGCCUGAACAUUUGUCUACUGGAGACCAACUCAUCGCCACUAUCGCAUCCCUGCCCCCAGAAACGGCUGACGAAGCUAAGUUGAAACUGGCUGAGCUGGAAGGCGUCAAGGUGGACAACACAGAGAGGCUCAAGAUUGCCAAGAAGGAGGAAGAACAAAUCAAGAAGGAGAAGGAAGAGAAGAAACUCAGGGAGGAGCAAGAGCUUCUGGAUCUUGAGAAGAAGAAGGUGGAGCAGUUGGAUGCAGAGGCACUUGUAAUGGGUGAGGUGCUUGUAGACAAGGCACCAAUCCUCCAGGAGACAGCAACGGUCAUUGCGGAUGGGGAACAGGUGACACAGAAAGAUCUGACAGAGCUGAGCGAGGUCCUGGUGGAGAUAGCCAAGGAGAAGGAUGCUCUGUUUGAAGAGAAGGGAACUCUAGAGGAACUCAAAGAGGAUGUCGAGGAGUACAAGGAGGAUCUGGAGGAUUUGAGAAGGGAAACAAAGGAUGUCGACAUGCCAGACAUGACUGAGUCUAAGUCAUCUGUCAGGUUAGGAAAGCAGGUUGACCGUAUGAUGGGCAGGCUGGAGAAGAUUGUGACGGAGCUGGAUGACAAGAGGACCUCCCUCCAAGAGGAGCAUGCAGAGAUGAAGGAGAGCAUGGAGACCAGGAGGAAGGAGAUGGAUGAAGGAGAGAAGUCAGAGGAGGAGCAGGAGGCCUGGGAGCAACUCAAGCAGAGGGUCACCAAGAAAAAGAAGAAUCUAAUUAGCGUGAAUGAGCUGAUCGAUGCCAUGCGCAAGUUUGGCAAGGUGUCUGACGAGGAUAAGCUACAGCGUAUUGCCGAUGUGCUGGAUGAGGAUCAUGAUGGUGCUAUACAAGUUCAAGAAGUACUCAGGGUGAUUGAGACGAUGGCUAAGGAGGAGAUAGCUCUCAACACCAAGCAGAUUGGAGAGGUGAUGGAUCUGUUAUCAAAGGAGGAGAUUAUGGAGGAGCUGGAAAAAGACGUGGAGCGGGAGGAGAAGGAGAUUCUUUUAGACAGUGCCAAGGAAGUAGAGAAGAAGUAAGAUGGAGGGAGCAGGAGCCAUGGAGGUUAUGGGGGAGAAGCUAUAGAAGGGGUGUGUGAGAUAGAAGAGGGGGUUCUUUGUAGAGACCCCCAAGAAGGCAGAGGAGACUAAGACCAGAAGGGAGCAGGAGCCUCAGAGGUAUUUAUGGUGGAGCUGGAGAAGGAGAGUGGCAGAGAGCUUCAAGAAGGAGAAGAAAAAAUGGAGCAGGAGCACUGGAGAUGGAGCUGGAGAAAGAUGUGUGGAGGGAAGAUGAGAUUCGUGCAAUAUAACAACCUUUAUUGCACGUU